AUGACAUGCUCAGCUUCGGCGAAGUGUCUCGUCGAUAAAGUUCUGUUGAUUUUGGAGACGGCUGAUGGAUUUGAAGUUGAAGACGAACUCUCUUUCAGUGUCUAUGUGAGUAACACUGAGGAACCUUCUUUCUGGGUUAAAAAAAAAUGUGAUAUAACAGAGCCGCAUCCAACACCAAGUGUCGAAAAUUAUCCGUCGGAUGGAGCCAAGGAGAAGAAAAAUAAUCGAAACGAAGGAAGGUCAGGCACCGAUGCUUUGCUCGACAAAUUAGACAAUCAGUCAGAGCUGGAUGACAAGGAUAUUAAGAAAAUGAAUACUGUUUUUGGUUCUUAUCUCUUCUUAAACUUAAACUAUGGAAGAGAGGUAAAUCCUGAUCCAGAGAUUUGUGACACGUUAGCUCGAGCAAUUGUAAGUCAGUUCACAAUGACAAAAACUGCUGUUGGCAAUGGCUGGGAGUCUUGGUUUGAUAUCGAGACGGGUAAAGGUCGUCUUGUGAAUUACGCUUCUCGUCAUUGUUUUCCCUACUACCUGCUUCACCGGGCAGAGGAAAAAAAGGACCGCGCCCUCAACGGGAAGAACUGGAGUUGCAACUUAUACAAUUUUUUCCGGAGGACACAAAUUUGAAUUCUGCCAUUGUAGCCGCUGCAUCCCGUGGGAUGAAACAACCAGGACUGAUUAUACUUGGAGUGGACCAAUUCUACCUUAAAUUAGAUGAGCAUGCAGUCAAAUUUGGAGUUGGUUGCGUGUCAGAGGCCAUGGGAUAUGUUUUUGGGGCUUAUUUUGUGUUUAAUUGCUCAUAUCCGCCUCUGUGGCACAUGGUUUUUUGUUUUUUGGAAGAAGUUGUAAAUAUUCCUAAAGAACUUAGGAGCGUAAAAUCUUCAAUCACCAUUAGAAAUUUCGUGUUAAAACUUUCUAAAGUAUCUAAUUAGUUAGCAAUG